AUGGAAAGUCCACCUAAAGUUUCAACUCGAAUGAAAUGGAAAGGGAAUUGUGAUUUUAUGUUGUCAAUGAUCGGAUAUGGAGUAGGACUAGGAAACAUUUGGAGAUUUCCGUAUCUUUGUGCCUUAAAUGGUGGUGCCGUGUUCCUCAUCCCAUACGCCGUAUUUAUGGUUUUAUUGGGAUUUCCCAUUGCAUUUUUGGAACUGACUAUUGGACAAUAUUCAGGAAAGAGUUGUUUUGAUGUUUGGGAUAUUUGUCCCGCAUUAAGAGGAUUAGGAUUAUCAGCUACUGGUCUAUCAGCCGUUUGCUCUAUAUAUUAUAAUACGAUAUUGGCAUGGAUGCUAUACUUCAUGAUCAAUUCCUUCACGUCUCCUCUACCCUGGACCACUUGUAAUAACUGGUGGAAUACCGAGUCAUCGUAUUUUUUAAAAUCACUGGCCAAUAAUAUGUCCAUAGACCAGGAUCAUACUAAUACGUCUAAAGCUUAUACAGCAAUAGAAGAAUUCUGGAAUCAUAAUGUACUAAGAAUGUCAGGUGGAAUAGAUGAACUGGGAUCUAUACAGUGGCAUCUGGUGGUCGCUCUGGCUGUAGCAUGGUUUAUUAUAUAUCUGUGUCUGUUUAAAGGUGUAGAAUCAGUAGGCAGGGUUGUGUAUGUAACAGCGACGUUACCAUUUAUUUUAAUAACCAUCAUUUUGAUAAAAGCUGCUACUCUUCCUGGUUCCAUUAAUGGUUUGAAAUUCUACCUGAUUCCGGAUUUCAGCAAACUUGGAGAACUUCAGGUUUGGUUACAAGCAGGAAUGCAGUUGUUUUAUUCAAUGGGUAUUGGUUGGGGGUCGUUUAUGACCAUGGCUAGUUAUAAUAAAUUUGAUAAUAAUCUGUUAAGAGACACAAUAAUCUAUUGUUUUGUUGGGGAAGGGACGAGUGUUUAUGCCGGGUUUGCAGUUUUCGCUAUUUUAGGGUAUAUGUCACAUCUGACUGGUUUAGAAGUAGCCGAUUUGGUUCGGUCUGGUCCUGGUUUAAUAUUCAUUACUUACCCGGAAGCUCUGGCUAGUUUACCUAUUCCUCAACUAUGGGCUGUAUUAUUCCUUCUAAUGGUUCUAAUGGUCGCCGUCGAUUCUAUGUUUGUGACUGUAGAAGUUUGUGCAACGACGUUUACCGACAUGUUUAACAUAACUUCCUGGAAAAAACGCUCUGUUCUCACAGCUGUAAUGUGUGCUAUUAUGUUCCUUGUAUCUCUUAUUUAUGCAACAAAUGGUGGAAUAUACGUGUUUCAACUGGUCGAUUGGUACAUGUCCUCAGUAACAAUGUAUAUAAUAACUGUUUUAGAGUGCUUGGUUAUUGGAUGGAUUUAUGGAGCUGAAAGAUAUUACAAUGAUAUUGAACAGAUGUUAGGCAGACGUCCACCUAUUAUCUUUAAGAUAUUAUGGAAGUUCGUCACUCCCACAAUUAUCUUUUCAGUGCUGAUAAUGACCCUUACUCAGUAUCAGUUACCAACGCUAGGAUAUUAUAAGUAUCCCCCUGUUGCCAGUGUAUUUGGUUGGAUUAUAGCUCUAUCUACAGCACUACCUAUACCUAUAUGGAUGAUUAAAGAAAUUUAUAGUCGGGAAGGAACGUUAAUGGAGAGAAUCAAGUCAAGUUUUAGGCCCAACUCUAAAUGGGGGCCGGUUAAAGAUUACGUAGAACCAACAAUGGAAUCGGAAUUCUAA